GGGUAGAACAUCAAAGAUGGCGGAUUUCCUGUGUGUUUUAGGACGUGAUGUGAAUGGUGAGAACAGAUGAUCUGAAGGAGAUACAGCACUGCAGAGAAACUACAUCACCUCCUCCACUUCUCCCUCCCCCCCCUCCCUGGUAAUCCCCCACGUUCACCCCCGGUCAUCAUGCCGUCUCCCAAAGCGAAGGGCCCGGCGGGCCGCAGUGGAGGCAGCCCGGUGCUCGGAGGCUCCAACGGCCGCUACGACUUCAUGUCCCUGACGAAGCCUCUGAACCGCUCAUCCCCGCCGCCGCUCCUGCUCCAGCGACAGGGCUCCGACCCCACCACCGCCCGCCUCCGGGCCUCAGAGAGCCCCACUCGGCGCCGGGGCUCCAGCUCGUCCACGGGCUCCGGCCAGGGGCUUCCGGAGGAGGACGGUAUCCGGCUGAACCCUUCCUUCCUGCGGGUGGCGCUCAGCUCGCUUCUCGCCAUCGACCUGUGGAUGUCCAAGCGGCUGGGCGUGUGUGCGUGCGAGGACUCGUCGUGGGGGAGCGUGAGGCCCCUCAUGAAGCUGAUCGAGGUGUCGGGACACGGGAUACCGUGGCUGCUCGGGACCGGGUACUGUCUGUAUAAGAGCGACAGCGCCGCGGGACAAGAAGUAAUGCUCAACCUGCUCAUGGGUCUCCUCCUGGACCUUGUCCUGGUGGGCGUGGUUAAAGCCGUGGUGCGUCGCCGUCGGCCGGCUCAUAACCGCAUGGACAUGUUCGCCACCUUCUCCGUGGACAGGUACUCCUUCCCGUCUGGCCACGCCACGCGUGCCGCCAUGUGUGGGCGCUUCCUGUUGGCUCACCUGGUGCUGGCAGCCCCCCUUAGGGUCCUGGUCUUUCUGUGGGCCGGCCUGGUGGGUCUGAGCCGGGUGCUGCUGGGUCGGCACAACGUGACGGACGUGAUGUUCGGCUUCUGGAUGGGAUACUGUCAGUACAACCUGGUGGAGAUGAUGUGGCUGUCUCUUCAGGCGCUGCAAGGCAUGCUGGGAAUGGAAGUUUGAGGUCAGAAGCAUAAGGAGAAGACAUGAGGCCCGUCAAACAUCCGUGUUUAGACUGAGGCAGAGAGAAUAUAAAUAUAUUGAAAAUAGUUGGAGAAGAACCGUCUUCUGACCAGAGGAGGGAGAUUUAUUCACAUUUUAGUUCAGCUGUUUCUCACUUUUGUUUUUUACAUGUAGGUUUUAAAAACAUCUGAUUUUAAACCAUCUCCCUCCCCUCAAAGAAGCUGUAAGUUUAGAGUUUGAUCAUAAGUGAACUUGUUGCUGUAGGAGAGUGAAUGUCUGAGAUUUACCCCACACAGUUUCCUCAAAGAGGAAGAAAACUCAAAACUGAGCUUUAUUAGAAUCACCGGGAUGAGCCAGGUUAUGGUUCAUAAAGAUGAAUAUAUGGGUACAUAAAUACUGUAAAUCAAUCAUACUAUAGUAUAGUAGUAACAGUAUCAGUUGGGGGCCACGUCUCUGGUUAGAGCCAGAACAGCCACCCCUUUACUUAAUUUCUCAUUCAUGUUGCGCCUAUUGAAUAGCAUUAAGGUAAAGCUUGCUUCAGGAGGACUAAGAGUGGAUUUGAUCAUUCACACAGACCAUUUCAAGCACAGUGCAAUAAUUAAACAUUUACUAUCAGAAUGGCAAUCAUUCAACAAGAAGGCAAACUGAAGAGCAAUACACACAAAUCGACUUAAUGUGAACAACACAAACUGAACAAUAGUAACAGUAAACUAAUGAAUAGUCUAAAAACAAGUCUACCGGCAAACCCCAAGGCAUGCUGGGAAUGCUCCACCCACCAUCAACCAACAAUACAACCAUCUAAAAUAUGGGCAUAUAAAUUACUGGAAGGGUUGUUCAGUUGCACACUCACACAAUAAAUACAUUAUUUACAUGAUUAGGUAGGAUGCAUGAUACAAAAUGAGGACACAUAAUAUGAUUGACACGUUCAGUGAAUUAAUCAGUAAACAGAAGAAAAGAUGCGGUUCUGUCCCGCUAAAGGAACGGUUCACUGAUCAUUUCACUCUUAUUUUGGUGUUAGAGGAGAGAAUCUGAAAUUAGCUUUGCCCCAGUUUUUAAUCAGACCAUGCUCCUGUUCCAUCAAACUGAUGUUAAUAUAACUUUAUUAUGAGCAGCACUGAGUCUGCUGAUAACAGCCAGGUGAGUGUGAGUUCCCCCUUCAGCUCUGUCCACACCUGAUUGCUGGCUCUCCCUCACAAUGAAUCAGGUAUUACUUUAAAGAAUCAUUCCAAGCAGAGUCUGAAAUCCUGAACUUUAUAUAGUUUUAAUUUCACACUCCUAGCUGUGAAAAAACUCAUAAUAAUGACAUUUUUUAUGUCUUUCAUUCUUGAUCUGACCUGCGGUCGGGUGAGUUUAUUCUUUAGAGACAUGUUUAAAUAUUAAACCAGGAUGUUUGACUGCGCACGUCAUUUUAAGCAGUUUUCUUAUCUUAAGUUUGAGUUGUUGUGUAAUUUCCUGGUUUGAGAUCAGAGAUCAGUGAGCUGAGAUAGUUUUAAAUGAGCUACAGGACAAGAAUACAUGAACAUUCACUGAGACUUCACAGUCAUAAAAUAAUAAAGUGACUUUAUUAAAAUAUAUGAAUAAAAAAGUGUGAAGGUUCAGAGUUGAAGGUUUGAUCCUGGAAUGAACUCAGCUGGUUCGUGCGUGCGUAGGUUAAUCCUUCACCACUCUGACUGUCUGCAGUGACGCUGUGUGUUACGAUGCGUUCAGGGUCACACUCUGCACGACGGUGUUUCCAAACCCUCACACGCACUAACAUUAAUCUUAAACUCUAAAUCACUCCAGCAGUCAGGAUGUCGUUGAUGUUCUGACGUGUUCUGACGUCAGCAUGUUGAUGAGUAUGGGAGCCUCUGAGGGACACAGCACCUGAGCUGUUCACUGAUUUUGAUCCAGACAAAAAGAGCUGCAGAAAUAAAUAAUGAGAUGAAGCUUUACGUAUAUAUCGGUUACUUACAUAAUAAAUGAAUCAUGAACCGAGUCAUUUCUGAGGAAUAAGAAGUCACAUUUCUCUGCAUCCAGAUUCUUAAACAUUAUUAUUUUCUGAUUUCUUUCCUCAUCUCUGAGAAUAAAUUGAAUAGUUUUGAAAUGCAGACUAAACAGGACGCUAGCUUUAGGAAGCACUCAUCCACAUUCUUCUUUACCAACAUCUGACAUUUUAUAGACCAAAUAAAAUAACCAGCAUGGACGAAAUAGUUGUCAGAUUAACCGACAAUAAAUAAAAACAUUAAAUCUCAUUGGCAGAAGAUUUGACAAUAUCUUUAUGGGGUCAGGGAGUUUUCAUUUAAGGCUCCUAUGAGGGGUUAUGAGUGGUUAUAAAAUAGAUUGGAAUUAAUGCUGAUGAUUCUAUAUGAGCUACUAAAGCAAACCAGACCAUCAGGAAGAGGAACAAUAGUAGGUCCAUAAUUCCACAAAUGUAUUAUUAAUUAAAUUAUCAUAGACUGUAUAUAAGUUUAUUAUUUACAGUCUAUGGUUAUUAUUAAUAAGUGAAACACCACCAGGGCUCAGUGUCAGGCACGGUGAUCUACAUCUCCCUGCAGAAACAGACUCACUUUUCAUUUUCCACUGCAAAGAUUCUGAAUAUGAUUUAUGUCUGUAAAAAGACAGCCAGGUGAGGUAAUAAGACUUCAUCCAUGGGGGCGCCAAAAUCGUCACAAAGUUUGUCAGCACCUUUAAGCAAUAGAUUAUCUUGUUUGCAGCUCAGCAUGAAGUCAGAGGAUAACGAACAGUUCAUCAGUGCAGACUUAAAGAGAUUUUCUUACUUAAAUAUGUUUUUAUUGUCUCAUGAGAAUCAAAUCAUGUCAAUGACUGUUAAGCACACAUGUCUCCUCACUGGACUAAAGAGAUUUAAAUGAAGUGUUGUUCGUGUUUUUGCACCUGAAUUUGUUCAAAGUUUUCUAACAUAAUCAUCAUUCUAAACAUUGACAAACACAUUUGCACUUCCAGAAAAAAACGAACCUGUUCAGCUGUCUUUGCUCUGUGUAAAUUGCUUUUUUCGUCUCUCAGCAAUAAUCCAGUUUUAGUUUGCACACAUUGUAUUUCUUGUUUUCAAUCGGAACAUGCUGGACGCUGAACUCUGUGACCAAAAGCAUUCUGUGAUUGAUCUUUGUGAUGUUUAACAUGUUGAAAAGAUUAAUAUAUUCAUCACAGUGAUCACAGAACACAUUUUGCACAUUCCACCCGCUUCUUAAUCAGAUCUUUUUAUUUGUUUCUUUCAGCAUGUUUCAUCUGAUGUUUAAUAUGAAGCUGAAAUAUUUCUCUGCACUCAGAUCUGCCUGCUUAUUACUCUUAAUAAUACUGUGUGUGGUAAUUCAUGUAUAUGAAAUUAUGCCUGUACAGUCCUGUGAGUACACUGUGUUCAUGCUGAAUGUGCUGAUCAGUAAUCGUCAAAGAUUACACUGUAAAGAUUUUUAAAUAAAUGGGGAACAAAUGUGAAAA